GGAGAGAAAGAAACAGAGGCAUAAUCCAAAGCAAGAGGGAGAAUAAAAUCUCCCACUCUCUCUCUCUUUUUCUCUCUCUCUCUUUUUUAAAAAAAUUCUUUGUUUAUUCAUUCAUUCAAUCAUUCUCAGGAACAAGAGAAUAAUUCGAAAAAAAAGAAGAAAAAAAACCCACCUUAUUCUCCUCCUCUUAUUCCCCCUCCUCUUAUUCAAUUCACAGAGACAUGAGCCUAUUCGGCCUCGGAAACAGAAACCAGAAGACAUUUAGGCCUAAGAAGAAUGCUCCAUCAGGAAAUAAGGGCGCGCAACUUAAAAGGCAUAUCGACGCUACGUUGGGCAGCGGGAACUUGAGGGAGGCGGUGCGGCUGCCGACUGGAGAAGAUCUUAAUGAAUGGCUUGCUGUUAAUACUGUCGAUUUCUUCAAUCAAGUGAACAUGUUGUACGGCACUCUGAUGGAGUUUUGCACCCCAACUACUUGCCCUACAAUGUCGGCAGGACCGAAGUUCGAGUAUAGAUGGGCUGACGGAGUUCAGAUCAAGAAACCUAUUGAGGUUUCUGCACCAAAAUACGUCGAAUACUUAAUGGAUUGGAUCGAAGCUCAGCUCGAUGACGAAUCCAUAUUUCCUCAAAAACUUGGGACGCCUUUUCCUCCGAAUUUCCGGGACGUCGUGAAAACGAUCUUUAAGCGUCUCUUUCGGGUUUACGCUCACAUCUAUCACUCGCAUUUUCAGAAGAUCGUGAGCCUCAAGGAAGAAGCUCACCUCAAUACUUGCUUCAAGCACUUCACCUUCUUCACAUGGGAAUUCCGAUUGAUCGAUAAGGCGGAGCUCGCUCCUCUUAAUGAUUUGAUCGAAUCGAUAAUUCUCGCAUGUUGAGGAUACCGACUUAUUCAGAGGGCAGGGCGGGGCGAAUGCAGUACACAAUCUUUUGGAUGUAGAAGAGUGUUUUAGUCGGAAAUCGAAGCCUGAAUAGUGCAGAGUGGUUUUUUUUUCUUUCUUUCUUUUGUUGUUGUAUUUUUUUUAUUUUUUUUUUCAUUCUUUAAGGUUUGUGGGGGUGUGAAUUAUUCCUUGCUUUGAUCCUCAAUUGAUUUGAUUCAUACUCGAAAACAUUAAUUAACUGUUGGCCAUUUUGCUGCUUC